AUGUCAUCCAACGCCGACGACAACGCCCGUGGUAACGACCAGGGCCACAGCGAUGGCCGCAAUAGCGUCGCUCUGGGGGGUAAUUACAGUAUUUUUGGCUUUCAGAUCGACACUUUCACCUACGUGAGCUGGGGGCCAGUUGCCCACAGACAAACCUCUUCCCACGCAGGGAACGCGUCCUCCGUCUCCGGAAAAGGGACCACUCCCUCCAACUCGACCACAGGGAGUAAUCCUUCUACCGGCAACUCCCGCCAGUCCGCCUCUGGAAAGAAGACGGCAAUCGGAAGGGAGCCGCCGAUGGUGGACUGCUUUCGUCCCUACGACUAUGACCGGGCCAGGGGGUAA